AGAGUCAGUAGAGGCAGCUAUGUGCUGUGACUAUGGCCUCCAGCAAGCAAGAGGAGGGACUCAAAAGCCUCAACGCCGCUACUCCACUUGAGCCGCUCAGGGAGCACUUUGACUCCCCCCAAACGCCCGUCUGCACAGCAACUAGGGAGCCCCAGGGAGAAGCGGUGCCUGACACCGUUCUUCAAGUGGAAACGGAGAGUUUUCUCGUGAACCGGCGACGGCUGGCGAGCCUGAGCCCUUAUUUCCGAGCCCUUUUCUACGGGGGCGGACAGGAGAGCACCAGGAGUCACAUCCAGAUCAAAGGCGUGGGACUCGAGCAGUUCCGUACCCUGAUGGCGUUCGCACGAACCUCCAGGCUGCCCCUGGACAAGGAGAAUGUUCUGGGGAUCCUGGAGGCCGCGGACUUCCUCCAGAUGGAGCAAGCCAGGCUGCUGUGCUGCAAAUUCCUCGAGCGGCAGCUGCAUCUGAGCAACUGUUUGGGUAUGAUGGCGUACGCUUGGCGGCUGGGCUGUCUGGAGCUGUACGCAGCCGCAAGAGAGGUGGCCCUCACCCAUCUACCUGCCUUGGCCUGCGAGGAGGACUUCCUGUACCUGUCCAAAGAGAGCGUGGCCGACCUCCUUGCUAGCGAGGACCUGUUCUUGCCGCGAGAGGACUUAGCUUUUGAGGUCGCUCUGCGCUGGGCGACCUUCGACCCCAGCCGCGAAGACGACUUCCUCGAGCUGGCCGCCUUUGUGCGACCCGAGUGUCUUUCCCUCCAGUACAUCAGUGAGAUGCUGGUCCACGUGAAAGGCUCUGACCCUCGGGCCAAACUCCUCUGCAAACUGGAUUCGCAGCCGCCCGCCAGCUGGACGACGCCGAGGCUCAGUCCUCGAACCCGCGUGAAGGAAACACUGUAUGUGCUCGGUGGGCCCCACGACCGCGACGAUCAGACCCUGUGCCAGUUCCACCCACGAUGUGGAAUGUGGAAGUCUUGCGUACCUUUUACGAGGAAGAAUCUCAUGCAGUACGCGGUAGCUGCUGUAGGUGACAGCGUGGUGGUGACUGGCGGUUACUUUCGCGACGAGGUCGUGUGGUACAGCGUGGACUGGGUGCGGAUCUUUCGGUGCGCGAACGGCUGCUGGGUCGACGGCCCCUCGCUGCUCAAGUCCCGGCACAGCCACUGUACGGCGGGCCUGGGGUGCCGAGUCUUUGUCCUGGGAGGCAGCAUGGACGAAGGCCUUGUGCCUGACGUGGAGAGGCUGACACUGGGAGCCCAGAGCUGGGAGAGCGUGAGUCCUAUGGUACGGGCGGUAGAGCGGGCGGCCGCUGUCGCUCUGGCUCCCUGUAUCUACGUGGCAUGUGGCUUAGAUGAAAAUGGUGACGUUUACGGCGGCAUCCAGAGGUACCAGGUAGAGACAGACCAAUGGGAUGUGGUCUCCUACUCCCCAUUUCCACGGUACGACCUUCUCGCCACGGUGCUCAACGGCGCUUGCUACUUCUUCGGCGGUCAGGCGCUGCGACUGGAUGUGGAGACGGACGAGUGGACCGUUCUGGAAGAGGAGUGUCUCCAGAGGAAGUUUUUCACAGGCUGCACCACUGCUGGCGGUCAGGUGUACCUGCUGGGGGAGCGCAAGGGGAACAAGGUGCUCCCCAACAUGGUCCUGCUGGACCCUUACACGGACACCUGCGUGCAAAUCGAUGAGGAAAUCCCCUGUCCCGUCCCAGUCCGUGGCUGCGUCACCAUUCGGUCCAGCAGCUAGUUGUGGAUGGGACCCAUCGUGUAGCACGUCUCGUAUGGGUUUCCUCCGCUCACUUCCCCAGCUCUGACACAAGUGCAAUAUUGGAAUGUAAUAACGAUUCAAUUUCAGAUUUCCUUACAAAUGCCUGUAUGCAUGAGGUCAUGAUGCUUGUAAGCAUCCACAACUGAACGAAUGUAUGCAUUUUGUAGGCUGUAAACAGAACGUGAAGUGCAUACGCGCAACGUACUUCGCAUUCAGUACCUUUUUUAAUAUGUUAAAGCAGUGCUAUAUCAGAUUGUUCACAGUACUUGAACUGGAUUUAAUAAAGAGUCUUACACGAGGUAUGAAACUGUGGCAGGAAAGCCAUCAAGAAUACGUCAACGAAGAGGAAAGUCAUGAAGAGUCUUUGAGGCUGGCGGUUGUGUGUGCCAUAUACAGAAUGAUAAUGACAUUUACAUUCUCCUCUUUUCCAUAUGUGUAUCUGAGGAACGCAGGACAACAGAAACACAGGAGCAGUGUCUUUUCCCCCACAUUUCCCACUUCGCCUUUGAUUUUCCAGUAUUGCUUUCAAUACAAUUCAGAAAUAUCACAUUUAAUUACAUCCAUUGUAAGACAUUUCUGUAGCUAACAUACUGUACGUAAAAACACCAACCAAGAACAGUUUUAAAAAUGGAAAAUAUUAACUGUAAUUCUUUACGAUUAUUUUAUAUUUAUUUUUUAAACAAAUUACGGUUAAAAGUGCUGCAGGCCAGAUCAACGUGAUUUUGAGACAAAAUGCCACGCAUCGCAAAGACAGGGU